UAGAGACGGGGAAGUACACGUACUGCAGUCGCUCUGAGUAGAAUUCUAUGCGAGAACGUCCGUCUGUACCGAACUGGAAAAGUGGGCUGAAUUCUGAAUUUUUGACAACCAUAACAAGAUGUGUAGUAGACCUACUCCGUGCUGUAUAGGGCAGCUGGCGUGCUGCUGUGGCUCGGCAGCCUGCUCCUGUUGCUGUGGCUGCUGUCCUAAGAUCAAGCAGUCCACAUCAACACGCUUCAUGUAUGUCCUCUACUUCCUCCUGGUCACCAUUGUCUGUGUCGUCAUGAUGUCACCUACUGUGGAACAGGAGAUGAGGGACCAUAUCCCGUUAUACAGGGACCUGUGUGAGAAGCUGAAUGCUGGUGAGAACUGCUCUACCUUGGUGGGUUACUCUGCUGUGUACAAGGUCUGCUUCGGCAUGGCCUGCUUCUUCUUAUUCUUCUGUAUCUUCACCCUACGAGUCAACUCUGCCACUGGCUGCCGCGCCGCCAUACACAACGGGUUUUGGUUCCUGAAGUUCAUAGCCUUGUUGGCCUGCUGUGUUGGAGGAUUCUUCCUACCAGAGCAGGACAUCUUUCUGGAAGUGUGGAGGUAUGUUGGAGCCGGAGGAGGGUUCAUCUUCCUGCUGAUCCAGCUCAUGCUGCUGGUGGAAUUUGCUCACAGAUGGAACACUAACUGGAGUUCAGGUGUGAACGACAACCGUCUGUGGUAUGGAGCACUGGCCAUGGUCACCUUGGUGCUGUUCAGUAUGGCAGUAGGAGCUGUGGUGUUCAUGGCUCUGUUCUACACACACUCUCAGGCCUGUCUGCUCAACAAGGUGUUCCUGGGGGUCAACAGCAGCCUCUGUCUCAUAGUCACCCUGCUGGCUAUAUCGCCCUUCAUACAGAGACUCCAGCCUAAGUCUGGCCUGCUCCAGCCAGGAGUGAUCAGUGUGUAUGUCAUGUACCUCACCUUCUCAGCCUUCUCCAGCAAGCCCAAAGAGAUGUUGGAGGUUAAUGGGGUGAAUACGACAGUUUGUGUGUUCCCCUUCAACUCUGGAUCAGAGAGCGACAAGAGGAUUGUAUCAAUAGUGGGAACUGUCAUCAUGUUCGGCUGUGUGCUCUACUCCUGUUUGACGUCCACCACCAGACGAAGCGUUGCAGCACUGCGUGUGUGUAGGAACAGCAUGCCUGAGACUGAGAGAGCUCGCUGCUGUUUCUGCUUUGGAGAUGACACAGAUGACUAUGAUGAGGAGAAGACUGGAGGAGGCCAAAACGUUCUGUAUGAUGAGAGAGGGGGAACCAUCUACAGCUACACCUACUUCCACUUUGUCUUCUUCCUGGGUUCACUGUAUGUCAUGAUGACUGUCACCAACUGGUUCCACUAUGACAACCAUAAGAGAGAUAAGCUGCUGGAUGGCAGCUGGUCGGUGUUCUGGAUCAAGAUGGCGUCGUGCUGGGUCUGUCUCAUCCUCUACAUCUGGACCCUGGUCGCGCCCAUGGUCUGCCCCAAACGCUUCGAGGCCUAACACACACACACACACACUGAAACACAGCCCAACACUACCUUCAGCUUUCUACAUGGGGUUUUUGUGUUGUUUUUAGUUUUUUUUUUAUUUCCUUUUUUCCCCUACAUUUUCCUACUUUGACCAUGCAAAGUGGUCAAACUUUGCAUGGUUAAGCUAUUGCUUCCUUGAAGGCAGUUGCUGUCUUUUUAUUUGUUUACUACCUUUGAUACAUGGAGUUUUCUGUUACAUGCAGGGUUAAAAUCAUAAACGGACUCUUCAGGGUGCCUAAAACAAUGGGCUGGACCAAUGUACAUACAGUAAUUUAUGUGGGACCACAUGAUCAUAGUGGUGCCCUGAUUUUGUUAUGGGAUGCCCAGCACCUUUGAGCACCAAUGUCAAUUAAACCCUUUUACAUGUUUGCUUACAUUUGUGAUUUUUAUGUGUGCGAAGCAUCUCUGUUUUCCCAUGAUGGACCCAGACCUCCAUAUUGUUCUGUUAUUCCCAUAAAGAGAAGUUCCAUUUCUCAGGCUCACAUAUAAGCUGGAAGUGUCUUGCUUGCUUGUUAUUGCUCCCUUUUGUAGAAGAAGUUUUCUAUGCAAUGAAUCAAAAUGUUUUGAUUUGAUUUGCCUGUCUUCACAUGGUCAUGUGAAUCAUUUUAAUUAGGAGUAGAUAUGAUGGAUUGUGUCCGCCCUCCUUUUGAGACAACACUUUUUUGUAGUGUUGUGUUUUCCAAAUAAGCCUGUGUGACUAGCAGAGUGCUGCCUGGCUGGUAGAGGACUGCCCUGGGACCAGAGUCACUACUAAUGAAGGGAGGGAGGCGGAGCGGCAAUCAUGGAGGGAAGAUCAACACUUUGAUUUCAAACAUUUGCCAAAGGUAGAUCUCAGAAACAAAGAAUUGACACGCUAAAGUUCUUCACAAGAGUAACCUCUAGAACUACCACACACCUCUGAUCCUUAGUAUGCUCUCUGCUUGGUGUGCUCUCUGAUGAAGGGUCACUUUCAGAGACUUUUUCAGGACUGUGAACACAUAAGGGGAUAGGGUUCAAAACAGACCGGGACCUUAGUGUGUAGUGUAGGUUACUUAACACUGGUUGUUGAUGUUACUGACUGAACAAACCCAGAUCAAGACUUGACUGACAGGGAGCAAAAAAACUUUCUCCAGAAAUCCAAAUGAUUCUGUUGUCAUACUUACAACCCUACAGUAUAUAACCCUUUUGAUACUAAUAUUAUAUAUAUGUACACUUUGUUUUAAUAUAAUGAUAUUUGUUGAAGAAAAACAACUGAAACAUUUUUCUAUUUAAGAUUGAGUCUUUCUCCUUCAAUUUCAGAUUGCUGAAUAGAAUAAUCACAUAACCCUAUGAGCCAGCAGUUUGAUGAGUUUGUUCAUGCAUAUUUAUGCCAUAAUCAAGUACCCACUGUGACUUUAGUUUCUUCACCUCAGCCAUUGUCCUGAAGGGGUUAAACCCAUCUGGAAGGGUCGGAUGUCAACAAUAGGGUUGGGAUCCAUCCAUUAUCCAUUUAGUAAUGUCAUGGAGUGAAUAUGAAUUUCAAUUCAACAAUUAAAAGUUGCCAUAGAUUUUCAGUUUAAAAAAUAGAUUUGUGAAAUAUAAUUUCACUUGAAUUGACUGUAUGAUGCUGAAUUGACGCCUAGUGAGUUGGAACGCCUGGUGUAAAAUGUGUUUACUAAUCAGUUCCUGUAUAUGUUUGAUAUUAGCAGAUUGUGUCCACAUGUCAUUUCAGACAAGUUGUUGUUUGUCCACAGAGCCAGAUAGACGUGACAUGGUGUUCUACAGCUCAGCUCUACACCAUCAGGUCAAGGUCAUGUUAAACCGUUAGGAUCAAAAUAGUCUGAUUAGGCUGUAUGCUGCCAUACCUGAUAUGUUGAUGUCCCUUUCUGUUCUCCAUUGUUAAGAUGACCACUAGGUGUGUACACAGGAGUGUGAGUGUGUUUGUUUCAUUUAACAGGAGCACUUGCGUUAGUGAGUUUUGGUCUGUGCAGAACAUUUUGUGUGUGUGUAUGUGUGUGCGUGCAUGUGUCUCCAAACACACUCUGCUCACACUAAGGGCUCUAUUCAAUCCGUUUGGCAGAUGUUCAGCAUUACAGCGUGAUUGACAUUUAAAGGCAAUGUUCCCACGUUAGCAUUCACUGCAUUCACAGUAAACGCUGUAUAUGUCGGCUCCAUUGGAAAUGACCUUUACAUUUCUAUCACCCAAUCUGCAACUCUUCAGCGAUACAGACUGAAUAGAGCCCUAAUUCUCUGUACACAGUUAGAGUUGUCCUAAACAAAAAAUAAAACAUGAACAGCCUGGGA